UUCAUUAGUUCCAAUUCCUGUAUUUCCUGCAUUUCCUCCAUUAGUUCGUUCCAUCUUGCUUAACUGAACACAGCCCUGGCCGUUUUCAAUCUUCUCUCUGGAUAAACUUUUUAUUAUGAUCGGUUACGAUCAGUGGUGUCAACGAGCGUGCUUUUUCUAAAUGUGACAGCGUCAAUGUAUUGUUACAUGCAAUGUUUCGAGAUCGUUCGGAAUAAGAUUCGCUGAUAAAAGGAAACAAAAAUUGUACUGAAAUAAAACUCAUUCGUGUAUCUAUUGUCUAGUUAAAAGUUAAUCAGGCUCAGCGUAAAAAUGUCGAUGAUAUUUACGCCGAUGAAUCAAAUGAGGCUAACAAACGUUGCCGUCGUACGCAUGAAAAAAGCUGGUAAACGAUUCGAGAUCGCUUGUUAUAAGAACAAGGUGAUAUCCUGGAGAAACAAACUUGAAAAGGAUAUUGACGAGGUGCUGCAAACUCACACCGUAUUCAUCAACGUGUCAAAGGGCCACGUAGCGAAAAAAGAAGAUCUUUUACGAGCUUUUCACACCGACGAUCAAACCGAAAUAUGCAAACAUAUUCUCGCGAAGGGCGAACUUCAGGUUUCCGAGAAAGAGAGGCAUUCAGCUCUAGAGUCCAUGUUCAAGGAUAUCGCUACUACAGUUGCUAGCAAGUGUAUAAAUCCAGCGACCAAGCAUCCAUAUCCGGUUACCAUGAUUGAGAACGCCAUGAAAGAGGAAAUACAUUUCUCUGUGAAACCGAAUCGGAACGCCAAGCAACAGGCGUUGGAUGUAAUCGCGCAGCUGAAAGAAGUGAUGCCGCUAGAGCGUGCUCAGAUGAGGCUGAGGAUAGUUAUUCAUGGGAAAGAGGCGAGCAAACUGAAGGACAAAGUGAUGAACCUCGUGAGCAAAAUGGAGACGGAGGAAUGGGAUAAUGGAUCGUUAACGAUACACUGCCUGAUCGAUCCAGGUCAGUAUAGAGGAAUAGAUGAAUUGAUACAAUCGGAAACAAAAGGCACAGGUUUGGUGGAGUUGGUCGAUUUGAAAGAAGUGAUCGAGGGAGAAGAACUUUUAACAUAAACUAUUAAUAUGAAUUGUUAAAUAGAUCAGGUUUGCUUUUUGAAUCAGAGAUUCAGAUUUGUUAAGUAUAAUUUAAUAUGUUGACUACUUUGUUACAUAUAUAUAUAUAUUUAACAUUAAUAAAGAAACUUGCAUUUCUUUAUUACUUUUACAUCAUCUGAUAAAAAAUGUCGACAAACAUUUUUCAUUUAAGAUUGCAAUUGACCGCGAUAGAACUUUCUUUCUAUAUUAAACUACUGUAUUUUUUUUUUAUUGUUAACAAAUAUUUGUAACUUGUAAUACAUAUUCAGCUUCUCAAAGGCAAAGAUUCGACAGAUAGAGGUACGAUUAAUCGUACCAUCGAAUUGUUUCUUUCACACUACAAAUUACCUCAUAUCUGCGCUUACAUUGUUGUUGGACGUUUAUAUGUAUUUAGACAAAAAAAAAAAAAAAUUUAUUCGACAUCUA